UCCAUUUCGAUAGAUCGAUAUCGAGCGCCCCAACAAAAACCUCUCUUUUACACCCUCAGGCGGCGGGGCGGCGUCUUCGUCGAGGAGAGCGAGGUCGCGAGGAUCAUUCUCAAAGCGGUUGAUCCCCCUAUCCCCCAAUAAUCUCCAUUGGUACCCUUCCUUUCCUCUUCUUUUCGAUCCAAUCCCCUUUUCCUUGGCAAGGUAUCUGCGAGAAAAGAGGUUCUUUUCAUGCACAAAGAGCCGUUCAAAUUUACCCUUUUCAUGUAGAUAUUGCGAUUAAUGAUAUAGCAAUCAAAUUCUUGUAGGGAGAGGGUUUGGGCUUGCUAGGGAGUUCGAUAUUUGCAGGUUGAAAACCCUCUCUUGUACAAAUUUUGGCAUCGGUUCCUGAGUAAAUUAUUGUUAUAAAGAUUUGGGAGUGGGAGGAGUAUGGGAUCGGUUUGUUCCUGCUUUCAAGGAGAUGAUUUUGGAGAAUAUGCCAAUGUUGGUGCUUCGAUCUAUAGACACUGCAUCUGCCUGAGAUGCUUCGCUCGACAGAUUAUUCAGGCAUACAGCACAUUGUUCCAAAGAGGUGCUUUGCCCUCUGUAUCUCCAUCUGUACAAGGGACAACUCCCAUUGCUUCAAUUGAAAGUUCUAUAUUUGAUGCAUACCGUUCUCUUCCGAGGCCUUUGCCUUAUGAUGAUCCUAGAUGCUCUCGUGUACCACGUGAUGGUCUUGUAUUGAGGCGUGACAAGUCUUCAGGCCAUCUUAAUGAAGAAUCAGAACCACUUAGAACUAAUAGUGACAACGAAGUAGAAUCUCCCAGUUCAAAAGAUAAGAGUGCCGGAUCUAAUUAUGAUGGAAACCUCAAGUUAUGUUGUUCUGGAUAUGCUUCGAAGCUUCUGCCAGCAGAAUUCACAAAAGGAACGACAUACUAUUUUCCAUCAUCUGAAGAUGAAGAUGUGUGCCCGACAUGUCUUGAAGAAUAUACUCCUGAAAAUCCCAGGAUUGUAAUGCAGUGCUCUCAUCAUUUUCACCUCGGCUGUAUAUAUGAGUGGAUGGAAAGAAGUGAAGCUUGUCCGGUUUGCGGCAAGGUCAUGGCGUUCAACGAAGCAACUUGAUACUUCUGAAUCGACUAAGAACUUUAUUCCUAUAUGUUUGUAAAUUUGUAAAUACAUUGGACAUAAUCAGCAUGCUGUUGUAGGCUGUAUAUAUGUGUUCUGGAAGUGUAACACAAUAAUUUUAUCUUCGUUGUUUACUGGACGUAGAAUAUCAUUCAAGGACGAAUUCAUGGCAUCAUACUGUAUCAUGAUCUCAUUUUCUUAAUCCUUUUUUUUUUUUCGACAUUGUUGUUAUUAA